AUGGCAAUUUUCAUGGCGUUUCAGCUUCAGUACGAGGCCAUUCAUUCGUACACGCCGGUGCAUUACAUGGUUGGAGAUGAAGACGGCUGGGAUCCAGUUAUCAGAAUGGAAGGCUGGACCCAAGGGAAGGAUUUCCAUGCCGGCGACGCUCUAGAGUUCGUAUAUGAUAGGGGAAUCGAUGUGUCUAUAGUGGACAAAGAAGCACACGAAGAUUGCAGUGUAAACGACACAUCUAAAGAGUUCAGCACAGGGGACGAUAGCAUCACACUUGCGUUCGGAGUCGAUUAUUUUAUUUACAGUAAACCUGAUAUUUGCCGUGCUGGGUUGAAAGUGGCCAUCAACGCUUCCGCACCACCACCUUCUCAUUGCAAAUUAUUAGUGAAGAAAAUUAAUUCUAUCCCAAGUUACGAUAAAGAGGUUGAACAACUUUACUCUCAUUUCUUCUCAAAAGGUGCAGAUGUGGCUGCUAGGGGUGCCCGAGUCAACUGGAGGAACAUUCUGACUGGAGAGGUCUUCUUUUGGAUGACUUCGCUUAAGGAGUACAUGUUGAAGGGUGUGAAAUUUUGCCAAAUAGAGAUCCCCACUAACAUUAGUUGGAGCUUUAAGAAAAUCUUGAAGCUCAGACCUGAAACUCAUCGUUUGGUUGCUGAUGUUGGUGUUAGUCUAAUGAAGGCUAGCAGAAUUUGGGACAAGCUUCGAGUUGAGCAUCCCAAAUUUUUGUGUCUUAUUGUCUGGAUGGCUAUUCUUGAUCAUCUUCCUACAAAUGAGAGGCUAUUGAGAAUAGGUGUAAAUGUUGGUAAUGACUUGUGUGUGAUUUAUGGUUGUCAAUCAGCAAGCAGGGACCAUAUAUUUUUUCACUAUGGCUUUGCUAAGGAGCUUUGGGAGGGUAUCUUGAUUUUGUGUGGUCUUCCUCGCAGGGCUAGCUUUUGGGAGCUUAAAGGUAAGUCCCUCCUUGCUAUGGUCUUCCUCGCAGGGCAUCUUAAAGGUAAGUCCCUCCUUGCUAUGGUUCUUAAGCUUGCUUGGGGUUGUCAUAUGUAUAGUGUAUGGGAGGAGAGGAACUGCAGACACUUCUGGGGCACAUCCCGCUUGGUUGAUAAUGUGUUGUAG